UGCAUUUGAUGUACAGGUUAGAAAGUACGGAGUUCAACGUCGUGUCCUCAAGCCAAGAGCAAGUGGAGCUUUCUUUCAGGAGUACGUAUAAUCCAUCACGUCAAGAUAGUGUUAGGCUAAACGUUGACAAGAGACUUGUGGUGCUGAAAGGCAGCUCCGGGUUCUACUGCUACGCCAUCUUUGAGCAUGCCGGUAACUGGCCUGCCAUGAACAUUUCAGAGGCUCGGCUCGCUUUCAAACUUAACACGGACAAGUUCAACUACAUGGCGAUUUCAGACGACAUACAGAGAUACAUGCCCAGCGCAGCAGACAGAGAUGAACCUCAUGGUACUCCACUGGCCUACAAAGAGGCUGUCCUGCUCACUAACCCCAAGGAGCCACAGUUCAAGGGAGAGGUGGAUGACAAGUACGAGUACUCGCUGGACAACAAGGACAACGUCGUCCACGGAUGGAUCAGCAGCAGGCACCCCAACCCCAUGGGAUUCUGGGUCAUCACUCCAAGCAACGAGUUCAAGAGCGGCGGCCCCAUGAAGAGCGAGCUCUCCUCCCACGUCGGACCCACCUCCCUCACCAUGUUUCUGGGAACGCAUUACAUUGGGGACGACAUCGUCCUCGGCAUCGGCGACGGAGAGUACUGGAAGAAGGUGUUGGGGCCUGUCUUCAUCUACCUCAACUCCAGCCCGAAGCGAGGCGACCUCCGUGCCCUCUGGGACGACGCCAAGGCGCAAGCGCAAAACGAAGUCAGCAGGUGGCCGUACAGCUUCCCCAAAUCACCGGACUUCCCCAAGGCCGGUGACAGAGGCUCGGUCACCGGCAGGCUACUGGUCAGAGACAGAUUCGUGAGCAACGACGACAUGCCAGCCGGGAUGGCGUACGUCGGGCUCGCCGCGCCCGGGCAGCCCGGCUCCUGGGCGACAGAGUGCAAGGGCUACCAGUUCUGGACGACGGCCGAUUCCUGCGGCAGCUUCACCAUCGGCAAUGUCCGGGCGGGGGUGUACAAUCUCUACGCAUGGGUCCCGGGGGUUCUUGGAGACUACAUGUACACUUGUCAUGUCACCGUAACGCCAGGUUGCGCCAUCGACCUCGGCGAUCUCGUGUUCUCGCCCCCGAGGUCAGGCCCGACGCUGUGGGAGAUCGGAGUCCCGGACCGGACCGCCGCGGAGUUCUUCGUCCCCGACGUCGACCCCAGAUACGCCAACCGGCUGUUUCUGCACAAGGACAAGUACAGGCAGUACGGUCUGUGGGAGAGGUACGCCGAGCUGUACCCUGACGGCGAUCCUGUCUUCACGGUCGGCCAGAGCGAUCACUCCAAGGACUGGUUCUUUGCGCAUGUCACGAGGAAGGUGAGCAAUGGCUACGUGCCAACGACGCGUCAGAUCCGGUUCAGCCUCGACCGCGUCGUGGCCGACGGCACCUACACGCUGCGCAUCGCCCUUGCAGCUGCCCAGAUGUCCAGACUGCAGGUGCUCGUCAACGGGGGCGGCGCGAGGAGGGGCGGGGUGAUGUUCACGACGCCGGAGUUCGGCGGCGGCAACGCGAUCGCGCGGCACGGCAUCCACGGCAUGGAGUGGAGCUUCGAGUUCCCGAUCAGGGGGUACCUGCUGCAGGAAGGGGAGAACAGCAUCAGCAUCACGCAGCUGAGGGCCUUCGGUGAGUUCUUGGGGGUCAUGUACGACUACAUCCGGCUGGAAGGGCCUCCUGGAUCCUGGCGAGACCCCACGCGAGGGGCGUGAUCAGAUCAUUAUUGUCAAAUUCGGUAGGAAUUAUUUGCUCAUUCGUAUAGGAUGGACAGACACAACGCAUAGUAGUAGCAGUUGUAGGAGUAAACUGAAGUUUGUACUCAGAGCAGUAGCAGGAUGGAUGGAUUUCUAAAUGUAUAACACUAAUAGGGAAGCUAAUACUAGAGUGAA